AUGCAUGAUUUUAACUCAUGGAUUAAAGUGGAUCUUGCUGAACUCUUGAGAGCUCCAUUCCAUAAUCCCUCUGAAGUUCCCAACGUAACAAGUUUCAAAAUAUUUCUUAACAGACAGGUCAAGGAAAACUUUCCAAGAAUGAAGACUGCAAGAGCCUUAUAUAGAAAACAUAAAGAAAUUUUGGAUCAUGAAUCAGGCGAGCCCAUGAAGAUUAUCCUUUGGCCUGCAACUAAAGAGCAUAAGGAAAUUCCUAUCCCUCAACACUUUCAUGAGGGAUACCUUGACAAUAUGGAAAUCUUGGCAUACGACUAUGAAACUGCCACUGCUGCCAUAAAAUUCAAGGAUAGAGAACAAUUCUUAAGGCUGAUAAGUGCUAAAGAUCUUCUAAGGUUCAGGGAAAGGGAUAUCUGCACUCUGUCUCGUCACCAGAUUAUAUGUAAAAAUGAUUUCAUGGAGGCGGAUGCAAAAGAGGUCACUGGAAUGGUCGCCACCAUCAUAAAUGGAAGAGUUUGGAUGGGCUCCAUGGGAAAGUUCGAUUUGAAGUUGUUUGAAAAGCCCACAGAUUAA